CUCGCUGACCCCGUAUUUAUUGGGACCGUUUCCCUUCCGUCCCCGCAGCCACCCGCCUCCAGUCAGUCCGAGCAUGGAAGCCGCGGCCGUCAAGCCCGUCCUCCGCGUCGCCGCCAUCUGCGGCUCCCUCCGCAAGGCCUCCUUCAACCGCGGCCUCCUCCGCGCCGCCGCGGAGGUGUGCGAGGACUCCGUCCCGGGGCUGCGCGUCGACCACCUCGACAUCUCUGACCUGCCCAUCAUCAACACCGACCUCGAGACCGACGGCGGCUUCCCGCCCGCCGUCGAGGCCUUCCGCGCCAAGGUCUCCCAGGCCGACUGCUUCCUCUUCGGCGCGCCCGAGUACAACUACUCCAUCGCAACCCCCCUGAAGAAUGCACUUGACUGGGCAUCUAGAGGAAAGAACUGUUGGGCAGACAAACCUGCUGCAAUUGUCAGUGCAGGAGGUGGCUUUGGAGGAGGGAGAUCACAGUACCAUCUCCGUCAGGUUGGGGUAUUCUUGGAUCUUCAUUUCAUCAACAAGCCAGAACUGUUCGUCCAAGCAUUUCAGCAGCCACCAAAGUUUGACAGUGAUGGAAAUCUGAUUGACGAUCAAAUCAGAGAGAGGCUGAAGCAAGUGCUCUUAUCCCUUCAGGCCUUCACCCUCAGGUUCCAGAAGGACUGAAUCAACUCAGGACCAUUGCAGUUCCGUGCUUCCCUGAAGAAGUGUCUAUAAUUCCUGUAUAUCACAUACCAUGCUUGGGAUUGGCACCUGUAAUGCAUUGCGGACAGCCUGAGAGUUGUAAUAAAUCCCUGGAGAAAUAUUCUCCUGUUUGCAGAUUAUUUAAGAUUUGAUCAUAUCUAUGCAUUCUAAAUAUUCUGUUUUACCUUUCCCA